GAUGACUAUGACACUGGAAUCUGGAUUCAUAUCCGCAUCUCUGACUCCCCCGUCAACACUAGUGUUGUAAUCUCCUUGUCUUUCGUCUUGCUAGGUCACCGUCAACCAUGGCGAAUGUCCGCCAGGAUGAUACAACCAUGGCUUGUAAAUGUCUCAAUAUUCGAAUAGAAUCUAGGCAACCGCCACCACAGAGCACGCCUCCAGAUUUUCUCAAGGACAGUGUAAUAGAUUCAGUCUAUACACUGAUGUAUGUUGGUCAGGACGGUCUCAGUGUUGCUCAUCCUCAAUUGACAAUGAGAACACGCAAAAUGGGUCCCUCUCUGGCCGAUACAAAUCGAUGCAUCCGGUAUACGACAUUGACUUGUUUAUUGUGUCAGACCCUCGCAUAUCGUGUACAACAGUUGGUCCCACUGGAUGUAGAGGGUCAAGAGGGACCCUUGCUUCCGACUUAUGAUUGGGUUGAGCAGGACAUACUGAUGAGCAGUUGCGGCUGGAUUGAGGUACACGCCGAGUGCCUGGACUCAGAUGCCGUCUUCAGGCUCUGGUCGUCAACGACAUAUUCCCCGAUUUUCAAUGUUGCUGUGCCGCCAAGUACCUCCACGCCGUCUACGCAGCCCUCUGACAUCGCCUCCACUGACGUGUCGCGCUCCCGAGUACUCUCUGAGCCUAUAUUGUCAAACUUACGUCCCUUGUUUCCACCCGCGCCCUUUGUACCUUCACAUCCCGUUUUCGCUCACCUAUCGUCCAUAGCCACAUCUAAGUCACAGGGUCUAAGAUCGUCCGCUGAGGAGCAGUUCGCCGCUCUUAUACGGGAUAAAGUCGCUGAAAUUGAGAAGGCUGAGGAAGAUUUGAAAAGAGCUGUGGAGAGCCUGUGGAAAAGAUUUCUGGAGAGCUUAGGUCAGACGGAGAAGGAUUGGGGCGCUUCCGAUGUUGCUAAGCGGAGGGACCCUACAAGAAAGCCCAAUACCAACAAUGCAGGGGGGCCGGCCGUUGGUUCACCGGUGGUUACCGUACGGGACUUCGUGCCUGUUGUUAGCCCCGGAAGAAUGGUUUCCCCUGCGCCGCGAUCGGUUCCAAGAGUAUCUUCGCUCUCUGCUUCGCUUGCAACUUCGGCAUUUCACCAUCCUCGUGCCCUUCGGGAAGGAAAUACACAUUCUGGACAGGCAAGCGAUAUUCCACGUUCGCCACUUUCGCCACCGCCUUAUUCAUCCCACCCGUCAUCUAUCGGAUCAGCUGACAGUCGGUCACUGUCCUCCACUGCUUCAUCUAGAGAAUUACUACCACUGAUGACGGGCGAAAGUCUCAUUCAGCCGUUUAAACGAAGCAUGGACGAGGCUCGGGACACGGCUGCGAGCUUCCGAUAUUUUAUCGAUAUGGAAGCUGAGAUGGAAAUUAUGCGCGGACGUCAGCGACUCCCAGCAACCGGAACGACCGCUACAGAGUCGUGGAAGGCGACCGAAGGUGCGCAACCGAGUAAUGCUUCCACUUCUGCCAGCGCACCCGGUGACGAAGAGAAUAAGCUGAAGGGAGCGAAAGAGUGCCGAUUGCAGAAGCCAGAUCACGGCAGGAAUGGCAAUGAGUCGAGGGGGAAGCGCAAGGUAACAUUUGACAUUAAACCAGACACGCUGAUAGCCGACGGGCCGAAUCCGGAGAAAAAUGGAAGCAGUCAAGGACGUGAUGUUCAAGACAUGAUGUUUGAUCUGGAAGGUGAAAGCAGCGAUCGGGAUUCGUCAGACGCAGCUCCUGUCCUUCCAUUCAAAGAGGUCCCAUACAUUCCCCGACGCCGCGCACGCGUCCGCAACAGCACGAGUCAUGUUGGCCUACCAACAUCUCUUUCAUCAUUGAGGCCGACCUCUUUGCCCGCCUAUGCUUCUCUUCGAGCCCAGAUAACUAAACAGAACUCGACAUCUAGAACACAAGCCCCAACUUCUGAGCAGUUGCCCACUGAAUCUAUCCGACACAGCAUUGAAGCUGAGGCUCCUGAUCCCCAGGAACAGGAAAUUUUGAAGUUGGUUGCCGCUGAUACCCCGAGUCACAGAGGUGCUUGGAAGCCCAAUAGCAGAGCGUGGCAGUUAUUUGUCAGUAGACGAGGUGGGAAGAACGGCUCAGCUGGAGCAUUUAUACCAGAGGAGGGUGAAGUGGGCGUUACUGUUAGUGACACCGAUGACAGUGACGAUAUAACUUCGGUCGCCGUGCUGAAGACUCCUUUAGGUACACUUUAUCAUCCUCCAGGAAUCCCGGGGUCGUUACCCAUUAGUAUUGGGCCGUUGUCACGCAAACGAGAACCUCUAUCAUUGGCGUCAUAUCAGCCAAAGACAUCCCUUCCUGACCGUGCUAGUGCGAUGGUGCCUCCUCUGCCAAAUAUGGUUUGUAGGCAUUCUUCUUCUGCUUUGCGCAAAGCUUCGUAUGCCGCUCGUGAUCGUGACCGUUGCAUGGACCCCGGGACCCUGGAUUUUAUCUCGCAAGAUGAUGAGGGUGACGAGGAUAAUGAGAGUGAUGACGAACCUUCUCAAAUGGACCUUCCUGACGAAUCACGGGGCAGACAACGAGCAUUAAAGAUACUUGAAGCGCGAAGUAAAGUUCCAGCGGCUGGGAUGUGGAGAAGCCUGGCAUAG